CCAGGUACGGACGCAAUUCACGUGUUUGUCAGGAGUACAGGUACAUAUUUGGACACAUUCUUCCUAGCAACUAGCAAACAUUAGACAAACAAACAGGUUGCUUUCCUUUGAGAUAUACUGUGUACGGAACACAAUGAAUCCAUUCUUCAGUUCGACGCCCGCUCCGGGAUAUACGCAGCUACACAACCAACCAUCAUCAGAUGCCGAACCCCCAUCAUCAACCUGGGAAGACGUCAAUUCCCUAAUGUCACCCUCCACCCAAUCCACGAACACAUCAUCUCCAGAACCUCCCUCCAUCGCACAGGACCAAUCCACAAUAACAGCAACAAAACAAGAACACAUCGAACAACACCCACCCCGCUACAACGAUAUCAGUGGCGCCGUGAUAAUCGACUGGGACGGUUCCCCUCGCUUCCUCUCGCCACAGGAAGAGCAAGAAAGGCAGACUGCGUUGGAGAACGCCGUGCGCGAGAAAAUGUUGGGGCUACCGAGGAAGACGGAGUUUGCGUGGGCGAGGCCGGAUGUUUCGCUUGGGGACAUGUUGCCAGCAUAUGAACCUGCGACGCCAGCAACGGAGAAGGAAAAAGGGGAGGGGGUUGUUUGAUUUGGAUUGAAUCGGUGAUAAAGGACGGAUUUGGUGGGGUGUUUCUGGUGUUUAUGCGGGAUUUGAGGGGUAUGGUGUUUGUUUCUUUGGCUUGGAUACAAGGCGUAUAUUUGGUUAAAUGGAUUGGCGACGUUGGAAUAUUGUUUUCGAGUCUGCCAGAAUGGCAGGCUAUUUCUAGAGUGGUAUUAUACCUAAUGGGAUUCGGAUUGAGAUUACAUUUUCAGUGUGUACAAUGAUCUCUACUUUGGCAAACCAAUUGGAAAUUAAAGCGCAACCAGGUUACGCU